GUAAUCUCUACAGCAGGCACAUCCAGAUAGAUGGAGAGAUGUUGGCUAUUCAAGUGCAAGAUACUCCAGGAGUUCAGAUCCAUGAACACAACCUGGAUUGUAAUGAGCAGCUGAACAGAUGCAUUCGCUGGGCAGAUGCCCUGGUGAUUGUCUUCUCCAUCACAGACUACAAGAGCUAUGAACUACUCAGUCACCUUUACCAUCACGUCCGACAGUUGCAUCCAGGAAACACGGUCCCUGUUGUCAUUGUAGCAAACAAAGCUGAUCUCUUGCAUAUCAAAGAGGUGGAGCCUCAGCAUGGACUUCAGCUGGCCAACAUGCUGGGCUGUACUUUCUAUGAAGUGUCUGUCAGUGAAAACUAUAACGAUGUCUUCAAUGCCUUCCAUCUCCUCUGUAAAGAAGUCAGUAAACAGCAAACAACCAGCACCCCUGAGAGAAGGAGAACCUCUCUUAUUCCACGGCCAAAGUCGCCCAACAUGCAGGAUCUGAAGAGAAGGUUUAAGCAAGCUUUGUCUGCCAAAGUGAGGACUGUCACUUCUGUUUGACAGCAGAGCUCUUGGUCUUCCCAACGUUUAGCCCGAGACUGAAACCUGGGGUGUUUAACACUGGCACAUCUAGAGUCUGAGGCAUUGUGAAAGGAGGAUGGUUCGGGUAGCCUUUUGCGUCGCUGUAGAAACAAGCAGUUGCUUAAAAAAGGAACAGUGGCAGAUUGGAAAAAGAAAAAACCCAAAAACUCUUGAAAUGGUUCUAGGAUGUGAUUUGUUCCGCAAGUGUUUUCAUUUGGAAAAGGAACUUUCCAGUAAACGAAAUAAGCCUUCAGUUUGCCUUUUCUCCAAUGUGACACAUUUGACUUAAUGCUUGUGCAGAAACAACCUUUUAGCU